UCGCUCGUAAGCCAUUGCAUUGCCAGAAGAAGCAAGCAAACUAGCUAGCUAGCUAGCUAGAAAAAUGGCGCCGAUUCACAGUAACAGCUCUCGCCGCCACGACGGCACACUGCUCGCGCUUCUGCUCGCGCUCGUGGCCGCCACUGCCUUUGUCGGCGCUGCCGCGGCGCGAGGGGACGCGCUGGCCGCCCGGCACGAGCGGUGGAUGGCCAAGUACGGGCGCGCGUACACCGACGCUGCCGAGAAAUUGCACCGGCAGGAGGUGUUCGCGGCCAACGCGCGCCACGUAGACGCUGUCAACCGGGCGGGCAACCGGACGUACACCCUCGGGCUCAACCAGUUCUCCGACCUCACCAACGAAGAGUUCGUGGAGAAGCACCUCGGGUACCGUCACCAGCCGGGCGGGCUCCGUCCCGAGGACACGCCGGUGGCCGCGGUGAACAUGUCCAAGGCUCAGUUCCAGUCCACACCGGACAGCAUGGACUGGAGGGCCCAGGGCGCCGUCACCCAAGUCAAGAACCAAGCUUCAUGUGGGAGUUGCUGGGCGUUCGCGGCGGUGGCGGCGACCGAGGGGCUCGUACAGAUCGCCACCGGUAACCUCAUCUCCAUGUCAGAGCAGCAGGUGCUCGACUGCACGGGCGACACUAGCACCUGCAAGGGUGGCUCCGUCAUCGCCGCCCUACGUUACGUCGCCGCAAGCGGCGGCCUGCAGCCGGAGGCAGCCUACGCGUAUACCGGCCAGCGGGGCGCGUGCCGCAGCGUCAUGCCAAAUUCGGCCGCCUCCGUUGGCGCCCCCCGCUGGGUGGGCCUGAACGGCGAUGAGGACGCGCUGCGGGAGCUGGCGGCCAGCCAACCGGUGGCCGUGGGCGUGGAGGCGGACCCUGACUUUCAGCACUACAUGAGCGGCGUGUUCGUCGGUAGUUCAUCGUGCGGGCAGAACCUGAACCACGCCGUGACGGUGGUGGGGUACGGGGCGGACGGCGGCGGGCAGGAAUACUGGUUGGUGAAGAAUCAGUGGGGGACGGGGUGGGGUGAGGGGGGCUACAUGCGCCUCACGCGCGGGAACGGCGGCAACUGCGGCAUGGCCACCGUCGCCUACUAUCCAACCAUGAACAGCUCUUAA